GGAAAAUUUUGCGCUCGCGCUGGGGUCGUGCUGUUGAGGGAACUUGGAAACAUGGGGAAAGACCACGAAGAGUCACAUCUUAUCUCUUAUCGCUUCCCCACAGCGGGCGGCCGAUCUGCUUUUUAUUUUCUUGGGCCGGCCUGGGGCAAUCGCGGUCCCGAUCUGGAUCACGUCUGUUUGUGUCAAAUCCCAUCUUUUGCCUCUUUCCCCUCCUGCAACGAGCCGGGACGACCUGCGACCCUGUCAAUUGGCGACCGCGAGGAACUGGAGUGCUGCCCGAGACCUUGCUGCCGGUCCCUGACUGAACGAGCGCCCUCCGCUUCCGCCAAGCCUCACUCCGAACCAUGCUGUCGGCCGUGUGCAAGGCGGGCCGCGCUCCUGCCGUCCUCCGUCAUGGUCGCCGAGUCCCGGUCUCGUCGCCCCAGCUCAGGACCUUGACAUCUGGUGUGCCAAAAAAUGGCAUCUUCCGCGCCCAGGCCGAAGUCCCCGGGCCCAAGCUGAGCCAGAAACGGCUCUUCUCUGCCGCCGCCGCUCGGUUGAGCGCCGGUGCUGCGCAGCCCGCUCCCGAUCCGAAGGCCUACCUCUCGAGCGGAGUGAUAAAACCCAAGGAACUUAUUGACGUCAAGAAGGUUCUCGUCAUCGGCAGCGGUGGUCUCGCCAUUGGCCAGGCUGGAGAGUUUGACUACUCGGGAGCACAAGCGCUCAAGGCCCUCAAGGAGGCCGGCGUGGCUUCUGUUCUCAUCAACCCCAACAUCGCCACCAUCCAGACGAACCACGUCCUCGCCGACGAGGUCUACUACCUGCCCAUCACCCCCGAGUAUGUCGAGUACGUCAUCCAGAAGGAGAAGCCCGACGGCAUCUUCCUGUCCUUCGGUGGCCAGACGGCCCUCAACCUCGGCGUCCAGAUGCAGAAGCUGGGUCUCUUCGAGAAGUACGGCGUCAGAGUGCUCGGCACCAGCGUGAGGACAUUAGAGCUGAGCGAGGACCGAGACCUGUUCGCCAAGGCGCUUGAGGAGAUCAACAUCCCCAUUGCCAAGUCCAUUGCUGUGAACACAGUCGACGAGGCGCUUGAGGCCGCCUCCAAAGUUGGCUAUCCGAUCAUCGUCCGCGCUGCCUACGCGCUAGGCGGCCUGGGCUCGGGCUUCGCGAACAACGAGGAGGAGCUGCGCAACAUGGCCGCCCGGUCGCUCACCCUCUCGCCCCAGAUCCUUGUCGAGAAGUCGCUGAAGGGCUGGAAGGAGGUCGAGUACGAGGUCGUUCGUGAUGCGAAUAACAACUGUAUCACGGUGUGCAACAUGGAAAACUUCGACCCCCUUGGCAUCCACACCGGUGACUCCAUCGUCGUCGCCCCCAGCCAGACCCUGAGCGACGAGGAAUACCACAUGUUGCGCUCCGCCGCUAUCAAGAUCGUGAGGCACCUGGGCGUCGUUGGCGAGUGCAACGUCCAGUAUGCGCUGCAGCCCGACGGCCUCGACUACAGGGUUAUCGAGGUCAACGCCCGCUUGUCGCGCUCGUCUGCCCUGGCUUCCAAGGCUACCGGUUACCCGCUGGCCUAUACCGCUGCCAAGAUCGGCCUGGGCCACAGCCUGCCCGAGCUCCCCAAUGCCGUUACCAAGACGACCACGGCCAACUUCGAGCCCUCGCUCGAUUACAUCGUCACCAAGAUUCCCAGGUGGGACCUGUCCAAGUUCCAGCAUGUCAAGCGCGACAUUGGCAGCGCCAUGAAGUCGGUGGGCGAGGUCAUGGCCAUCGGCCGCACGUUUGAGGAGUCUUUCCAGAAGGCCAUCAGGCAGGUCGACCCUCGCUUCAUCGGCUUUCAGGGCGACAAGUUUGCCGACCUGGAUUACGAACUGCAGAACCCCACCGACCGCCGCUGGCUGGCUGUCGGCCAGGCCAUGCUCCACGAGAACUACUCGGUCGACCGAGUGCACGAGCUGACCAAGAUCGACAAGUGGUUCCUGUACAAGCUACAGAACAUAGUCGACUGUACCAAGGAGCUUCAGCAGAUCGGUAGCCUGCGUAGCCUCAAGAAGGAGCACAUCUUGAAGGCGAAGAAGAUGGGCUUCUCCGAUAAGCAGAUUGCUCUAGCCGUCGGCAGCACCGAGGACGAGGUCCGCGCUCGUAGACUGGAGUUUGGCAUCCGCCCGUGGGUCAAGAAGAUUGACACCCUCGCGGCUGAGUUCCCCGCCGAUACCAACUACCUCUACACCACCUACAACGCUUCGUCCCACGACGUCACAUUCGAGGACAAUGGCACCGUCAUUCUGGGCAGCGGCGUCUACCGUAUCGGUAGUUCUGUCGAGUUCGAUUGGUGUGCUGUCAGCGCCACGCGUGCCCUGAGAAACAUGGGCGAGAAAACCGUCAUGAUCAACUUCAACCCUGAGACGAUGAGCACUGAUUAUGACGAGGCCGACAGGCUCUACUUCGAGGAGCUGAGCUACGAGCGCGUCAUGGAUAUUUACGAGCUCGAGCAGGCGAACGGCGUGGUAGUCUCUGUCGGUGGUCAGCUGCCCCAGAACAUCGCUCUCCGCCUUCAGGAGACGGGUGGCGCCAAGGUUCUCGGAACGGAUCCCCGUGACAUUGACAGGGCUGAGGACAGACAAAAGUUCUCCGAGAUUCUUGACAGCAUUGGCGUGGACCAGCCGGCCUGGAAAGAGCUCACCUCGAUUGAGGCGGCUGAACAGUUCGCUGACGAGGUGGGCUAUCCUGUCCUUGUCCGCCCCAGCUACGUGCUGUCUGGCGCUGCGAUGACGGUCAUUCGCAGCAAGGAGGACCUAAAAGACAAGCUGGAGGCUGCGGCCAAUGUCUCGCCCGAUCAUCCCGUUGUUAUCAGCAAGUUCAUCGAGGGUGCUCAGGAGAUUGAUGUGGAUGGCGUCGCAUCCGGCGGCAAGCUGAUCCUCCACGCUGUCAGUGAGCACGUCGAGCAGGCUGGCGUCCACUCCGGCGACGCUACAUUGGUUCUCCCGCCCGUGAGCCUGGACGAGACCACCAUGCAGCGCGUCAAGGAGAUCGCCCAGAAAAUUGCCCAGGCCCUGAAGAUCACCGGCCCAUUCAACAUGCAGAUCAUCAAGGCCGAUAAUCCGGAUGGCGGGGCCCCUGAGUUGAAGGUGAUCGAGUGCAACCUUCGGGCUUCCCGCUCCUUCCCGUUCGUCAGCAAAGUGCUGGGUAGGGAUUUCAUCGACGUUGCGACGAAGGCGCUUGUCGGCAAGCAAGUCCCUGACCCGACCGACCUGAUGGCGGUCAAGCGCGACUACCUCGCCACCAAGGUGCCACAGUUCUCGUGGACGCGUCUCGCCGGCGCCGACCCUUUCCUCGGCGUUGAGAUGGCGUCGACUGGCGAGAUGGCCUGCUUCGGCAAGGACCUGGUCGAAGCGUACUGGACAUCGAUGCAGUCGGCUAUGAACUUCCGCGUGCCCGAGCCGGGCGAGGGUCUCCUCUUCGGCGGCGAGCUGAGCAAGAGCUGGCUUACCACUGUGGUCGACUACCUCGCGCCUCUCGGCUACAAGCUGUAUGCCGCCGACGAGGAGGUCAAGCAGCACCUCGAGUCGACGAGCAAGCACAAGAUCAAUGUCGAGGUGAUUGAGUUCCCCAAGGAAGACAAGCGUGCCCUGCGCGAGGUGUUCAAGAAGUAUGACAUCCGUGGCGUCUUCAACCUGGCGCAAGCCCGUGGCAAGACGGUUAUGGACGUCGACUAUGUCAUGCGCCGUAAUGCCGUCGACUUCGGUGUCCCGCUGUUCAUGGAGCCUCAGACUGCCAUGCUCUUUGCUCAGUGCAUGAGCGAGAAGCUGCCUCGCCCCGAGGGUAUACCGUCCGAGGUCCGCAGGUGGUCUGACUUCAUUGGCGGCAAGCCCUUGUAGAUAUGAUGGUUCCUUGACUGAAUUUCAUCUUGCGAUCUUUGCGGAGUUCCGAACCGGAAAAACAACGAGCUGGCGGCGUUUUAAGGGGGGUUGGAUGUCAGCAGGGAAGGUCUCUCUGCUUUUUGCAUUUUUGCGUUUAUCAUAUAGUUCCCUUUUUAGUUUCGGCGAGGAACAUUGUGAACAUGGCCACAAUCUAGCGUAUUGAAUGGUGAUGUGUGGUCAGCAGUCCAGGGAGCCGAGGGUGUAGUCCCUGGCAGGUCGGAGAGCGGAUACCCAUAGGUUUUUUUGUACGUCGUUCAUCACCAGUUUAAUACACAGGAUAUAUCCAACUUGCUUCCUUCCGCUUCUUUGUUCAGAGGGCAGGGAAGAAGGGUGCUCCUUGAUCCACCGUUGAAAAUAAUUACACCGCGUUGCUUUCUUCAAAAGCAAGUUCCCCAGAAAGAGGUUGACUUGUCAGUCCAUUCCGGGCAAGUGCUUCGCUCAUUGUGGCGAUGUACUUGUUGCCUGCUUUGAUGGGUCUGCGUGAGCACCCCUUGGAGAUGCGCGUUUCCUUCAGCUCGGGGAUGAGGUGCGGAAACUGCUACGCAGGCUAUGGAUCUGCAGUCGACAGAUAG